GCUCCCGACGUCAUCUCUCUUUGGUCUUCCGUGUCAACAUGGCGGCUUCCAUGGCAUCCCAGGCUGCAGCGAGAGGACUGAGAAAAGCAACCUCAAAGCACAUACUUCUGGACAAAAGCAAGUGCACCUGGUUGAGUCCCAGGAGAUGGCUGAAUCUGCAAGAGUACCAGAGCAAGAAGCUGAUGCAAGAGAGUGGCGUGGCGGUCCAACGUUUCUAUGUGGCCGACACAGCUUCUGAGGCCUUGGAGGCUGCAAAGAGACUCAAUGCCAAGGAGAUUGUGUUGAAAGCUCAGAUUCUGGCCGGUGGCAGAGGCAAAGGUGUCUUUGACAGUGGCCUUAAAGGUGGAGUGCACUUAACUAAGGACCCUGCUGUGGUUGGUGAACUGGCCAAUAAGAUGCUGGGUUUCAACCUGACUACAAAGCAGACACCAAAAGAUGGAGUGAAAGUGAAAACGGUGAUGGUUGCUGAGGCCCUGGACAUCACCAGGGAGACCUACUUUGCCAUCCUGAUGGACCGCGCCUGUAACGGCCCUGUCAUGGUAGGCAGCCCUCAGGGAGGUAUGGAUAUCGAGGAGGUAGCCGCCAGCUCCCCAGAACUCAUCUUUAAGGAAGUCAUAGAUAUAUUUGAAGGGGUGCGAGACGAACAGGCACUUCGCAUGGCAGCUAAUUUGGGUUUCAAAGGACCUCUGCAGAGACAGGCGGCAGAUCAGAUUAAGAGGCUCUAUGAUCUGUUCCUGAAAGUCGACGCCACUCAAGUCGAAGUCAAUCCUCUCGGAGAGACUCCCGAAGGACAAGUGGUUUGCUUUGAUGCUAAGAUCAACUUUGACGACAACGCCGAGUUUCGUCAGAAAUCCGUGUUCGCCAUGGACGACAUGAGUGAAAGCGACCCCACAGAGACUGAAGCAGCCAAGUGGGACCUUAAAUAUAUCGGACUGGAUGGAAACAUUGCCUGCUUUGUGAAUGGAGCCGGUCUGGCCAUGGCCACAUGUGACAUCAUUGACCUGCAUGGAGGAAAGCCAGCUAACUUCCUGGACCUGGGGGGAGGAGUCAAAGAGAGGCAGGUGUACGAGGCCUUCAAGCUGCUGACUGCCGACCCUAAGGUUGAGGCCAUCCUGGUCAACAUCUUUGGUGGAAUCGUCAACUGUGCCAUCAUUGCCAACGGCAUCACCAAGGCUUGUCGAGAGCUGGAGCUGAAGGUGCCGCUGGUGGUCAGGCUUGAAGGGACCAACGUCCAUGAGGCGAAGAGGAUUCUGAGCGAGAGCGGCCUGCCCAUCACAGCAGCAGAGAACCUGGAUGACGCUGCCAAGAAAGCAGUGGCCGCCAUCAAGAAAUAGAAAAACUCUCAGUGUAACUUCACCACACUCUGUCCACUUAUCAUCAUCAUUCAUCACCGUGAGCCUUUUCUUACACAUGCAGACCUCCAGGACCUCAAGCCUUCUGCUCACAUAGGCCUUUACUGUUUUUUAGUUUUAACACCAGCUUCCCAAAAAUACUUUCCCUGCCAGCUGUGUCGUCAUGAAAAAAAAUAAAAAUAAAGUGUUAAUUAGCAGAUUUAACCUUUUUCUUAAUUUGUAAAUCACUCUUUAAUUUUGAAGGUUUCCCAAAAUAAUCUCGUCCUGGAAUAUCAUACACCUUUAGUGACCCCCGUCAGAAAAUUGGAAAGAGAUCUAACACUUUGUGCAUUCCAUUUUCAAAGGCGAUAGACGCCGCUUUCUCUCAGCAUUGUGUGGCAUUUGUGUGGAAUAUUAGUUAAGAGAGAUUUUUAGCUCCAUGGUCUUUAAAGGUACAGUAUGUCUGAAAACCUGCUGUUGUGAAAUCACUAAAACAGCUGUUACGAAAUGGCAGCAUCACAGCGAGCAGUUAACUUUGGAUAAAUCUCUCUGUUUUCUUAGUGACAAACAAAUCCCUUAAUCCAUCCAAUGCCUUAUCUGUGUGUCAAAUGAGGUGGAUGAAGUACUCACGCUGUGAAUAUUGUACAUCAUGUCUUAACUGUGAAGUGCUCUAGGGCAAACAGUGCGUUAACUGCUUUAAUCUGUGCCUAUUUCAUUAAGACUAAAGGGGUUUGUAAACUAUCUUGCCAACUCCUACCAGAGUUCUUUCAUACAGAGGAGUUGAGAAAACAGAAUCAAGAAAACAAUUGUACUUAGCUUUUUUAUAAUCAUGAAUGUAUAUUAAAGGGAAACCUUGAAGACAGUGUCAAAACUGUGUAUAUAAUUUGAGAAAUUAAAAAAGAAUAUUUCAACA